CGAGCAGGGCGACUAUGUGUAAUUGUUGUAUUUGCGCCCGUAAUGCUCUCGCAACUCCUAUUCCUACCUCCACGUUGGUGCCGACUGGGAUGCGGAUCACUUCGCCGUGAUUCGUAUGCUAACAGGAAAGGGGGCAAACAGCCAGGAUGAAGAAUCCGUUGAUAAAGCGAUUCCAACUUCCUGCCAUCGAGCCGUUCGGCAGGACUGUAAAGUAGGCGGCUGGCAGGACGCAGCUGCAGCCGCCACCGCAGAUACGGCCUCCGAUGAGGAGCGAACACACGUGCUGCCCGGCCGGAGCUUCUCUGGUACGCGCACACACAUACACACACAUGCGCAUCCACGGAUGCUGUCAAGCAUCAGCACAGUCCCAGCUAGCAACCUACGCGUGUGGCGCUAGCGCUCGCUCGCCGAAAACGACCGUGCGAGCGACAGAGAGAGAGAGAAUCUACGAGAACCUACGCGAGAGCAGCACUCGGCAGCGCUUAGCUUCGGACGAGCUCGGUGCGCUCGUAUCCUUGUGUGGUGUGCUUACAGCGCGCUCUCUUCCUCGCUCUCUCACUCUCUAUACGUGUGUGCUUGGCGUCCGUUGGAGCUGUAGUAAGUGCUUUGCCCCAUACAACAGUACGCUGGUGCACGGUCCGCAAAAAGCGCUCGAGGCAAUCAUCGGUUUCGGGUUGUGUCGUCCGGUCGGUGGCACCGUUCGACGGCUUACCAGCAGUGACAAGUACAGGCGCACAAAUACGUGUGCGAGCGGCAGUGAACGAACGGGGCCCCGCCAGCCCAGUGAUUUCGGGACACUUUCAGCAGCGACUCUAUCAGCGUCUUCCAUCAACCAGUGGUGUUUAUGCGUGUGUGGUGUGCGUGUGUGAGUGUAGAUGUAAGUGAGUUUCAUUCAACUCUCGGGGAUGAUAUCAGUGCAACAGAGAGAAGAAAACAAAAAAAAAAUACAAAGCAAAACAAAACACACAAAAAGCAAGCGUUGCCGAAUGUGUAGGUGUUUACCAUCUCAAGCCAGUGAGUGAGUGAGUGGAAGAUUUGCAUUGGCUUUUCACACUCGUUGUGUCCUGUGUGUAUGCGGAGGAUUGCGGCAGUUUUACUGUAAAGCCGUUUAGUCGUCAGCUGUGCAUAGAUAGGGAACAGUGCGCCAGUACUGGGCAAAGGGUGCAGCACUUCGCUAGUGCGGCUGCUGCUCCCGACCCUCCCAAGUGCUGCCAGCGCCGUCCAAAGCAGCGAAUGUGCGACCUCCCAUCGGAGCCGCUGCAGUACACCGCAAUAGACAUGCAGCAUCGGCAGCUGAAUCGAACGAUCGCCAUCGCCACCGGCCUGCUGAUGUGUGCCGUGUACGUGCUGUACACGUUUCACGCCUGUUUGCUGUCCGGGCUACAUCGCAGCCUCCGGCAGGUAAGUGGUCUAGCGACGAACCCUUCGCCGCACACUAACGUACGCGUCCUUCACCAGUCGCCGUCCGCGCAGCCGGCUGCCGGCGGCACGACACUAGCGCCCACCACCCAGCUGCCGCACGUCCGCAUACUCGGCUCGCUCGUGCGCAUCGUGCCGCUGACGGUCGAGGACGGGGCGACCGCCGGCAAGCGGCCCCCGGCCGCCCCGCUGCGCCUGGUGUCGCCCGCCGCCACCAACACGACCGACGGGUCGCCCAAGUACCGGUUUCUGCGGCAGCAGGGCCUGCGCCCCUCCCGCCACCUGCCAGACGCGCUCAUCAUCGGGGUGAAGAAGAGCGGGACGCGCGCCCUGCUCGAGUUCGUCCGGCUGCACCCGGACGUGCGGGCGGCCGGCUGCGAGGUGCACUUCUUCGACCGGCACUACGCGAAGGGGCUCGCCUGGUACCGGCACCACAUGCCGCCCACGAUCGAGGGCCAGAUCACGAUGGAGAAGACGCCGAGCUACUUCAUUACGCGCGAGGCGCCGCGCCGCGUCCGCCACAUGAACCCGGCGACCCGGCUGCUGGUGGUCGUGCGCGACCCGGUCACGCGCGCCAUCUCCGACUACACGCAGGCGCGCAGCAAGAAGCGCGACAUGAAGCGGUUCGAGGAGCUCGCGUUCACCAACGGGUCGGCCGGCGGCGUCGUCGACACGAGCUGGGGCCCGGUCCGGAUCGGCGUGUACGCGCGGUACCUCGAGCGAUGGCUAGAGCACUUCCCGCCCGCCCAGCUGCUGUUCGUGAGCGGCGAGCGGCUGAUCGCCGACCCGGCGGUCGAGAUCGGCCGCGUGCAGGACUUUCUCGGCCUGAAGCGGGUGGUGAACGAGAAGCACUUCUACUUCAACUCGACCAAGGGCUUCCCGUGUCUGCUCAAGUCGGAGGAGCGGUCCAGCCCGCACUGUCUCGGCAAGACGAAGGGCCGGAACCAUCCGCACAUUGACGGGGCCGCCAUCGACCGGCUGCGCGAGUUCUACCGGCCGUUCAACCAGAAGUUCUACCACCUUACCGGCAUCAACUUCGGCUGGCCCUAGGGGACCCGUGGAAUUGGAGGUAUGAGAGGGGUAGGGGGUGGGGGGGGAGGAGGGUAGAAAAAAUCCCGUGCGUCAAUUAGGUUGUGCGAAAAAUAAUAAUAAUUACAAUGCACAAUUGCACUGGUACCGACGCACUGGGUGUAUCGGCAGCUCGUAUACUCGCUAAGCAAUUGUAGGUAGGUGUACAUAGGGUAGGGUCCCGGUAGUAGCAGAACAGGGCGGCAGACGAUGUACGACAUCGUCCCAGAAAUCAAUCGCGUAUAUUACGCCGGGCGCCAGUUUGGAGCCAAAUCGAAACGCCAGAGUCGCAGUCCUCCUUCGCCUUCUUCCAAGUCUGCUUCUUAUUCUUCACUGGCUACGAAAUCAUCGGGCCGCUUGUUGCGUGCUUCACGUUCAUGGUACAGUCGUCAACUCGAACGACUCAAUAACAUGCCCGUCAUGGGUUCAAGCCUAGAAUGGAACCGUCCCCCGCAGCAAGGAUUGACUAUCCGGCUGCGUGGUAAUGAAUGGUGAAGUCUCAAAAGCCUGUGUAUAGGCCGGCAUGUCCGCGUAGGACGUUACGCCAAAUAGAAGAUACGUAACGCCAAUUCUUGCUGAUAAAUUCGAUUGAAGAGUUCCUGUGAGUUUUGUCCAUAGGAAUGCCUCCACGAAGCGAUAGAUACUGGGACAUCGCGUCGUUAAAACACUUAUAGCACUAACUACUACUACCUGCAGUAAGAAGUGAAACACGCAUGGCAGCACUCAGCCGUCGAGAGAACGAUUGGAAUGGACGUAAAUGCGAUAUCGUCGCUGUCUGCUAUCAGUCAGUCUUUUCAGACUCAUGUCUAGGUACGUCCUAUUCGGGUUGAUUGGUCCCACGCUCUCCACUCAAAUUAGCUCUUUCUGGAGCCCACUCAGGAGGCUGUACGCCAACCUUGGCCGAAAUCGACCCCGGCGAAAAGCUUCCAUCAAUCUCUCGAGUUCCAACUGAAGGAUCUCAGGGAUUGGAUGUUCUAUUCUUUGUGCGUAAUCGAGCUAUUUAGUUCGACUUCGGUAAGCUUCAAAUCCAACUCCGUCAGCUCAAUCUCCCUGAUACAACAUGGGCGCUUCAAGCGUCAUAUAUAUUUCAUAUUAUGAUUUUUAUUUUAUUUUAUCUGUUUGAAAAACAGAUGGUUUCGAUUGACACGCUCGCAAAAGUCACAGAUUAUACAUGCAGUACACGUCUUGAUUCCAGGUGUAUGCGUGGACAUCUCGAAUAAGAUACGCAUGAUUGAGCAGUUCGGAACGUGGGUCACUGUAGCCUAUAUUAUUAUUAUUAUUUAUUUAAUCUUCAACGGGCCAAGGUCGCUACACCUGUAUAGGCCGGCAUGUUCACGUAUGUUACGUUCUUGCCAAAUAUCACGGUGAAACAUGUUGUGGACAGACCGCUGCCUCAUCCUGAGGGCUCACUGUUGAUAGCAGGGCUGUCAUCCUGUGACGUCCUCAGUGAGGAUCGCGGCACAAUGGUCUCGGAAUAUGGCAAUAUUGGUCAUAAUGCCAUAACAGUCAGUGGCGGAUUUAACGGUGCGCGGACUGAGCGGCCGCGGGGGGCCCCGUCAAUGUAGGGGCCCCGUGUAUGGUAAUUCCAGCAUAUAGAACAAUGUGUACAGUAGUAUCAGCGAGAGCUUCUACGCAUAGAAGAUCUUUCCAUCAACGACAUGCGCUGUUGAUUUGUGAACUCCAUCAUAUAUUUGUCGUGAUAUCCGUAACUUUCUUCGCCGCUUAUUGUAGAAUCCUCCUCUUCUAAAUAAUACACACGGUAUCAUUGAUGUUUCCUCGUCACCGUUUAUUAACACUUUAAGCGCCGUGUCAUAUAAAUUCGCAUGACGGUUUUGCUCACCUUUCAGCUUUGCAUCUGAC